AUGAGGGGCGCUCACCUCACCGUGCUGAAUGUGGCGGAGAAGCCAUCGGUCGCGAAGGAGGCUUCGCGCCUCUUGGCUGGAUCCUACCAAAAUGUGCAGUCGCAGAGCCGAUUCAAUCCGGUUCAUCAAUUCGCGUUUUGCCUUCAGAGCCGUGACUGCACGAUGCUCUUCACUUCCGUCAGGGGGCACCUUAUGAGCCUCGAUUUCUCACCAGGCUACCAAAACUGGCAGACAACGCCUCCCGAGGAGCUGUAUAGCGCCCCUGUGGAAAAGAGCGUCGCACAGGACGCACGAGACGUCCAAAAGAAUCUCGUCGAGUGCUCAAAAAAGGCGCAGUGGCUGGUCCUUUGGCUGGACUGUGACAGAGAGGGGGAGAAUAUUGCGUUCGAGGUGUUGUUCAUUUGCAUGAAGGCGAAUGCACGGCUGCAGGUCUCCCGCGCGGUCUUCUCUGCGCUUACGAAGGCUGAUCUCGAGCGCGCGUGCCGCACCUUGCAGGCGCCUGACCCAAACCAAGCGGACGCUGUGGAUGCGCGGUCGGAGAUCGACUUACGCAUCGGCGCGUCGUUCACCCGAUUCCUUACUAUGCGCUACCGGAGCAGAGUACAGCUCCCUUCAGCGACAGUCAGCUACGGCCCCUGCCAGAGCCCGACCCUCGGGUUUGUCGUCAGCAGGUACCUCGAAGUCGAGAACUUUGUUAGAGAAGCUUACUGGUCAAUUCGUGUCACCGUUGAGAAGCCGGACGACGAGAAGGGCCUGAAUGCGCCGCCGAUAUCGGUCGAGUUCACGUGGGAUCGCCAACGGCUUUUUGACCGACUUUCGGUACUCGUUUUGUACGAGAUCUGCCUCGAGGAGCCCAUGGCGACAGUGACGGACGUGCGGGGAACUGAAGCGGCGAAGCGCCGGCCGAUUCCGCUCUGCACGGUCGAGAUGCACAAGAUGGCAAGUCGGAAGCUGCGGAUGUCGUCUGCUCAAUGCAUGUUGGUUGCGGAGAGUCUCUACCAGCGCGGCAUCAUCAGCUACCCCCGCACAGAGACCGAGGUCUUCUCCCCGACGAUGGAUCUCCUCGCCCUUAUUCGCGCUCACACGGACAGCGCCGUGUGGGGCGCUUAUGCGCAGAAACUGGUCGCCGGAGAUUUCCAGUGGCCCCGCGACGGCGCACGAGAUGAUAAGGCACAUCCUCCUAUUCACCCCCUGAAACUCAUGCAGAGGGACAGCUUCGAUAGAGAAGAAGAGUGGAAGCUCUACGAGUUUGUCACGCGUCAUUUCCUCGCUUGUUGCAGCGAGGACGCCUUCGGGUUCGAAACUCGCGUUGAACUUGACAUCGCAGGUGAAGGCUUCUACGCCACGGGCCUAACCGUGCUGGAGCGACGCUGGCUUGACGUCUAUCCCUAUGAGCAAUGGACGGGUACGCGAUUGCCUCGGUUUCUGGUGAACGAGCAGGUCAUGCCCAGUUCGAUUCUGAUGAACGAGCACUACACAGAGCCGCCUCCGCUUCUUACAGAGGCUGACCUCAUCGACCUGAUGGACAAGAACGGCAUUGGAACAGACGCCACAAUGCACGACCACAUUCGGACGAUCCAAGAGCGGCACUACUCUUACAAGAACGAAAGCAUGCAGUUCGUGCCUACGGACCUCGGGGUCGCCCUUUACCAGGGAUUUAAGAGGCUGGCGGAGGUAUCGGGCGUUGACUUGUCGCUGCCGGAUCUCCGAGCACGCAUGGAGGCGGACAUAGCACUGGUGGCGCGCGGCGCGAAAUCAAAGCAAGAGGUGCUGGACAGUCAUUUGUCUGCGAUGCGGCGAGUCUUCCUGUUGCUCAAAACCAAUGCGCCGCUGCUAGACAGCGAGAUGCGGCAGCGACUCGGUGGCCUCGAGGAACGCGUUGGACGGGAGGGCGUCACUCUCGUGGCAAAUUUCAUCGAGUGCGGCAAGUGCCGUGCAUCGAUGGAUUUGAAAAGGCCGGCGACGGGGCAGAGGCGGACGGCAUCCAACUACUGCAGGUAUGCCGUGAUGGGAAACGCACGCGUCAGGAGUGCCUCCCGAGCAUCAGGCGGCCGAAAACGCGAUGACAUGCGUGCCGUCGUCGCUGCUGAGCGGCCGGUCUGCACACGGUACACGCGAGGCUGUCCUACUGUGCUGCUGCUUCCGCCCAAGGGCCAGCUGGCGCCGCACUCGGUCCGCUGUGCGUAUUGCAACUUUCAGGCACUGACCGUGACCAACGAAAACACGAAGAAAACGUACCAGAUGUGUCCACAGUGCUUCAAGAAUCCGCCGGCGGAAGAAGCUGCUCGUCUACAGGGAGAUAAUACGCUACGGUGCUACGCGUGCCGGCAUCCCACGUGCCCACUCGCCCGGCGAUCCCGCGACGGGUGA